UGAAGUUUUUGUUCGCUAAACACUAAAAGAGGUACACUGAAAUCGGCAAGUUCAAACGUGAAAUCCAUUCUAUUGAAAUUACUUAAACUUUUGCAUACGUGUAAAAAACAAAAAGUUCUAAAGAUGAAAUCUAUUAUUUUCCUAAUAUCGUUUUCUAAUUUUAUUGUAUCAUUUGUUGAUGGAGGUAACUCCUGUAAAUGUUAUCAAGCUCCGACAACAGUAGAAGGAAGUGAGGGCGUAGUUGAUGAAGGAGAUAAUAAUAGACUUGGUGGUGCUGAAAUUGUUGAAACCGAAACAUUCUUUGUACCUCAAAAUGUGCCGAACUAUGAUCAAGAGGAUUAUCGGAAGGAGGUUUCAAUCGCCAAUGCAUUCAUCGAGCUUGCGUAUAAUAAGAAUGAUUUAAUUGUAGGAGACAAUUCUGGAAUAAAUGGAUUGGAGCAUGUAAUAGAAAUAAUGGUUGAUGAUAUCAUUCAUUACGAUGAAUUCGGCAUAAUGAAUUUAAUGAUCGCUGUACCGGAUAAAACGGAUAUUCUCACUCAUAUACAUUACAGUGGGCACGAUGAUAAUAAAACGAGGUUAAAGAAUUAUCAGAAAGAUAUGGGACUUAAAAUAUCAACUGUAUUAGGACUUAGCGAUACUGAAAUUGAAGAAAUCAGAAGACUUGGCGAUUUUAAAAUUGAUGAAACCGAAAGACUUGGCGAUCUUGAAAUUGAUGAAACCGAAAGACUUGGUGGUUCUGAAAUUGUUGAAACCGAAAGACUUGGUGAUACUGAAAUUGAUGAAACCGAAAACAUAGAAACCAUUGCACAGACGAGAAGAGACUGUACUGGACCAGCUAUAAAAAAUAUAAUCCGACGUGUUUUAGAUGAACACGCACAAGUUGUACCGGAUGAUCCCGCUGUAGAACGGAUGUGUCGUUUGAUGGGAUUAUUCAGGAGUACACAAUUUCCAUCAUCGUUUACAACCAUGGUUAAGAUUGAUUUCAGUAAACGUACUUGUAUUUUAUUACAUGAACUAAAUAUGAUAAAAUACACAUAUAAUGCUGGCACAUGGGUGCAAGUAAAGCGAAACAAUGUAUUACAAGCACUUGUGGAGCAAUUAGAAUAAUUUAGACCAGGAAUCAAUGCCUAAUGUCUAAAUCAGCUCUGUUUACACUAAAUUAUGUUCAAUAUUGUUAAAAUAUAAUUAUUUAAAAAACUGUAAAAAUAAAAUUUCCAAUGGCUUUUGCUAACAA